AUGGCUUCUCCAACACCAAACCGGGUCGUUGCCCCCUUGCCUACGAAAGGAGGCUCGUUCCCCUUCCCGCCAGCUCUCCGGACGACGCCACCGAUUGCGGAUGGCAGCGAUGAUGACCACCCAACGGAUGAGGAGGAAACUUGCUCCGAGGACGAGUCGUCUGGCGGCUCAGAUGCGGAGAUUGAGGUUGAGCAAGCGGAGAAGACCACGCCGAACGUCGGGAAACCAAGAGAGCCCGGAAUAAUGCGGCAGGCGAAUGGGCAGGUGCAGGGGAAGCAGGGUGUUGUGGAGGUCUCUAAGCCUCCAGGCCAGGUCGCGACAGCAGCCCCGACUCAGCAAACUCCCAGGUUGACGGUGCCAGACAUGUCCACCGCCAAACCACAGCCGUCGCCGCCGCCGCCGCCGCCGUCUCCCUGUUCCCCUCAGCUCCCACGCUCCCCUGGGCUGUCGCCCCGGACACUGCAGCCGAGCGUCUCACGAAGCAGCACAGUAUCGCCGCCGUCUGAUCCGACGCAAAGCUUGCAGAACGACAUCAGUGUCGUCGAUCUGAAAUGGGGCGUGCUCUUCGACCAGAACAGCCUUCCCACGAAGCGAUGGGAACAGGUGCUCAGGGGGAUCGGCAGUUUUCUUCUGGAUGAGUUCCUGCCACGGAAGACAUUAGUCGUCACGCCAGAGAAGAUGGCGGCGUUCUACUCGCUCCAUAGACUCGAGCCCGAGCCGUUUCCAUUCACAGACAUCUUCCGCAGCCGCCCGGGAGCACGACCCUUCAAGCUGACCGAGCUGUACGAGCAGCUGGCGUGCGAAUACUAUCUCGUGCCGGCCGAACCCAACGCCCGGCCCACGGUACCGGGGCUGACGCUCUCGGGAUGGUCGCGCUGGAUGACACUACUCACGAGGGCCUGCCCCGACGAGGAAGCACACCGGCUCGCCAAAGUCUUCGCAACCCUGCCCAUCAACGCUGACAGCCCGCUCGACGGCAAGCCGGAGCGCCUGCCCAAGCAGAUCUCCCGCCGUCUCCUGCCCGACAAGCCCGACCGCCAGACCCGCCAGCUCCUCGACGACGCGCUCAAGGCGCACAGCACAGCAACCGCCGCCGCCACCGCAUCAGCAGCACCCCAUCCGUCCCCUCUCUUCCCCGGCGCCGGUGCCGGCAGCGGCAGCCUCAGCGCCCCAUGCGCCCCUCCAUCCCCCUCCCGCCCCCAGAGCCCCCGUUCCCGCUACCGCCCAACCAGCAUCCCCUCCCCGCCGCUCUCCCUAGCCGACUACGAUGACUCCGAUUCCGCCGCCUCCUCCCGGUCCUUCUCCUCCCGCCGUUCCUCGCCAUACCGCCGCCGCCGCCGAACCUCCGACCGCGAGGAGCGCAGCUCCUCCCGCUACCACCACCACAGCCAGCGCACAUACUACCUCGCCGGCAGCACCCUCUCCUCCGCUCGGCCUCCUGCGCCAGCUCUGCAUCAGCCGCCGCCGCAGCCGCAGCCGCAGCCGCAGCUGCUGCCGGCGACCUCGCACCGGCACUCGGUCGUCGGCGUCGUGCCUGCUGCCACUAGCAGCACUGCUGGCGGUGGCGGCGGCGGUGGGAGGCCGGAAAGGGGGGAGCGGGAACGGCUGAGGGACCGGGACCGGGAAAGGGAGCGGGAACGGCUGAGGGACCGGGACCGGGAGAGGAACAGAGACCGAGACCGAGACCGAGAUAGAGACCGGGACCGGGGCCGGGACAGGGAGCGCGAACGCGAGCGCGACAGAGACCGGGACGCCAAGGGCCGAGGCCGCGAGCGGGAGCCGGACGCUCGCCGGGACCGGGACAGGACCAGGGAGAAGCGGGCGGCGUCGGUUGCCAGCUUUGUCGAUCGAAGGGGAAGCGGCGGCGGCGGCGGCGGGGCGGUGCGGAGGAUGCCGGUGGUCGUGCAGGACGAGCGGGACAGGGAGGCGGCGCGCAAGCAGACCUGGGGCGAGUACCUCGCGACGAAGUGA